AAUGAGCGGCCGCGCCCCUCCCGCUCGGGCCAAUGAGCGCGGGCGGCGAGGGUUAAAGGGGCGGGGCGCGGGGCGGGGCGAGGUGAGCGGCGGCGGCGCUUCCGGUGCGGCGGCACCAUGAACUACAUGCCCGGUACCGCCAGCCUCAUCCAGGACAUCGACAAGAAGCACCUGGUUCUGCUGCGGGACGGCCGGACGCUCAUCGGGUACCUGCGCAGCAUCGACCAGUUUGCAAACUUGGUGUUGCACCAGACUGUGGAGCGCAUCCACGUGGGUAAGAAGUAUGGGGACAUCCCUCGAGGCAUCUUCGUUGUGAGAGGCGAGAAUGUUGUUCUUCUGGGGGAAAUUGACCUGGAGAAAGAGAGUGACACACCUCUGCAGCAGGUCUCCAUCGAGGAGAUCCUGGAGGAGCAGCGCGUGGAGCUGCAGGCCAAGCAGGAGUCGGAGAAGCUGAAGGUGCAGGCGCUGAAGGAGCGAGGGCUCUCCGUCCCGCGAGCAGACACCCUGGACGAGUACUAGAGCUGCUGCCCUCGGGCCUCUCCUCCACGGCAGAGCCAGGGGCGCUCUGGGAUCCGCCCGUGCCUGAACGGAUCUCCUUGGAAAGGCGGUUUUUACAUUCAGAUUGUUUUCUGCGGCACAGAUAACUGUAAAAGAAUCAUGCCUGCAGUUUCUCCGUAUGGAGAAGCAGAGGAGGAGCGGGGCCGCCCUGCGAGGUGGCCGGGUGCGCUGGGGAGCGCGAGCGUUUGUGUUCGGCAGGCGAAUGCUUGGCCCUUUGGGUUUGGUUGCUUUUUUCCUCCUCACGUGACUCUCAGUGAGAGUUUUUCCUUGACGUGUAAAUAAAUCCUUGAUCUCAACAGCGAUGGUUUCACCCCGGUUUGGGACCCAAAGCUUUCUCCCCUCUUGGGUUGACUGCUCUCGUACCAACUCUCGUCCCUGCUGGGUGCUGCAUGGAGGGAAGGGACCCGUCCUGCCAUGGGCUCGC